AUGAACCCUUGCGUGGUGUGGUUGGACACCCAGCGUCGGUCGCGACGCGCCACACUCACGUUGCUGCGCCACCAGCACCAGCACGUGGCGCCGGAUGGCGGCGCCGGAGGCGCCUCCAGCAACACGAGCUUCUGCGACCCGAUCGGACUGUCCAUGACCGACACUACUUGCGUGGCGGACAUCAUCACGUCGGUCACUUGCAUCGGGGCUUGGAUUGCGGGCGUCGUGGCCGCCGCUGUCGUCAUGUCGCGCCACAGUGGCGGUCAUGUUUGGCGCCGCGCGCGGAUCAGUGCAAAACAAGAUAUUUUGAGCGAGAUGAACCCUUGCGUGGUGUGGUUGGACACCCAGCGUCGGUCGCGACGCGCCACACUCACGUUGCUGCGCCACCAGCACCAGCACGUGGCGCCGGAUGGCGGCGCCGGAGGCGCCUCCAGCAACACGAGCUUCUGCGACCCGAUCGGACUGUCCAUGACCGACACUACUUGCGUGGCGGACAUCAUCACGUCGGUCACUUGCAUCGGGGCUUGGAUUGCGGGCGUCGUGGCCGCCGCUGUCGUCAUGUCGCGCCACAGUGGCGGUCAUGUUUGGCGCCGCGCGCGGAUCAGACGAGGUCCAGAGCGAAUCCCGGGUCAAGACGUGCGAUGGUCGGCCACAGCCGCCCUCCUGGUCGUCCACUUUGCCGAAAUCGGGUGUCUGGCGGCCGACCGCCGCCGCGCCGCCGUGUGCGUGCAAAACAGCCAGAUGGCGCUGCCCACGCUGGAGGCGCUCACGGCCCUCCUCUUCAUGGUGCUCAUGUCGGUGGCGGAGCGGGCAGCGGCGCCCAAGUGUCUCCUCGUCGCCACCGUCUACUUUUUCGUCGACGGCGUGUGUCGGUGGCACAAGGUGCCGGAGUUGCUGAGCGUGGGCUACGCGUGGACGGACGCCCGAAUAGCGUUGGAGUUUGCGGGGGCGCUGUGCGUGGCGGCGGUGCUGCUGGCGGAUGUCUGGCUCGUGUGUGCCGUGGUGUAUGUGCGCAAGUUCCGACGCGCCGAGGACGCCCAUAUGCAGCAUAAAUCCAUCUGGUCCCGACUGCUUCCCAGAAGGAAUCUGAUGGAUUCAGCGAUGGACCUGUUCCAAGUCAGAUACCUGCACCCAUUCUCGAACCUGCCGUCCAGACUGUUCUUCUUUUGGCUGAACCCGUUUCUGGGUAAGGGUUUCGCCCGGCCAUUGGAAGUGGACAGUUUGGGGAAGUUGCCUGAGGGCGAGAAGACCCGGGUGCAACACGCUGUCUUCACUGAACUGCUCAAGAAGAGGGCUGCUGGAAUGGUGAAUCCGAAGCAAUUGUGGAAAUGCUACUUUGAAUUCUGCUGCCCAGACUGGAUUCUGGGUGGGUGUCUGCGAUUGCUUACAGACUUUGUGGGCUUUCUGGCCCCAUUGUCCGUCAACGUCAUUCUCACUUACGUUGCUGCCCAAUCUGUGCCAAUGCCUUUGGUCCCGGGCGAUGUCACACCGACAUCGAUGUCGAUGUCGACAUUGACAACGACGCCUGCUGCUGCAACGAACGUCACUGACCAAAGCUUUAGUGCUGCUGAUCAACAACUACAACUUUCAAGCAGCAUGGGGCAUACGACAAUCCGCGAGUUUUUCAGCAACGGCUUCGUCAUGAUCGGCGUGCUUUUCAUGGGUUCAUUGCUCCAAUCUUUGCUGUCACAAGCUUCAACUCACAUGAACAAUGUCGCUGGAAUCCGUCUGAAACUUGCAUUAUUGAGUUCAAUUUAUGCCAAGUGUCUGAGACGCCCGAUCUGGGAAACUACCAAGAGCAGUUGGAACAAAAAAGAGAAUUGUGUUCCUUCUGCUGAGAAAAGUGAAGUUUCCUCGACUGUGGACGAACUCACGGACGAUUCGAUGGAGGAUGAAAAAUGGGUCCAAGGGAUCAAAGAAACCCACGGAUCUGUGGUGAAUCUCAUCUCCGAAGACGUGAACAACGUCAUGAUGUUCUUUUGGAUGGGGCAUUACAUCUGGGCUAUUCCACUGAAAGUUGCGAUCAUUUUGAGUCUGCUUUAUUCUCAACUCGGAGUCUCGAGUCUCGUGGGUGCGGCCAUUUCGAUUCUUUUGUUGACACCCAUUCAAUUGGUGCUUGCCAAGAAAAUUUCGAGUGUUCAAAAGAAGGUUCUGGAUGCAACUGACGAACGUUUGAAGAGUUUGACGGAGUUGUUGCAGAAUAUUAAAAUCGUGAAGAUGCUGAAUUGGGAGCGAGUAUUCAAGGAUCGCAUCGAGUCCCAGCGCAAAACUGAACUGGGCUUGUUGUGGAGUGAUUCUAUUUUAUGGGCUCUUGUCGGAGUCAUUCCGCAAGCCUCGUCCAUUUUAGUAACCCUGGUCACGUUCGGGAUCUACGCUCACAUUGAGUCACAACCGCUGACCUCAGCCAAGAUAUUUACCGGAUUAGCUUUAUUUAAUCAGAUGCUGGUGCCUCUGUUUAUAUUACCCAUUACCGUGAACAUCGCUAUCAAGGGCGUGGUGUCGACCAGAAGACUGGCCGAGUUUCUCAAUGCUCCAAGUUUACCGAGCGUGAGCAUGAUGACCGACGGUGUGACUGGAGAUGCGAGUUGGUAUUCCGUAGACAUGCUGGCGUCGGACAAGAACAAGCCUAAUGGGAAACCGAGGAUUGAGAAGAAGUUGAGCUUUUCAGACAUGAAGAAUCUCGGCCACGACGCGAUGAGCCUCAGCAACAAGCACGAGGAAAAGUCGCCGAGUGCGACAUCUAUUGGUCCACUGAAGUCCGCUCUCCGCGUGUCCACUCCGCAAGUGUGCUCCACGCCCGUGAGGAAAUCCUGUCAUCCGCAAACUCCGUCAAGUCCCUUCCAGGCUCGUCAAAUCAGCCAGGAUUCUUCGCGUGAUCGUUGCAGUGCAGCCAGUGUGUUCCUGUUUCCGGAAGACGUGAUCCAGGAAGUGGCGGAAGAGGAGGAAAGAGCGGAAGAAGAGGAUGAGGAGACCGUCAUGAAUUCUACUUGGAGACGGUUCUCGUUGUCCAGUGCGAGUUCCGAGUCGAUGAAACAGAGUAGUCACUCGUAUCCGGUGUCGAUGAUGCACGUCAUGACGACGACGAGUAAUAGUGACGCGAGUUACGUCGGCCCCGAGGUGACGCGAGAGGAUUUCAAGUUUAUCGAUGACGAGGAUGAGGAAAAAGCAGCUGGUGCGUGUUCCGAUUCGGAUUUGGCGAAUGUGUCGGAUGGUGACAUUCAUUUUUUCAAGGACCAGCAGCAGCAACCGACCGACAGAAUCAAACUAGAAAACGUCUCGUUUUCUUGGACAUUUUCCGGCAAUGCCUCAUUCAGCGAACCCGUGCUCAAGGACAUUUCACUCACGAUCCCCGACUGCAAAUUGACCAUGAUAGUCGGCGACGUGGGAGCCGGAAAAAGCAGCCUGUUGCUGGGGUUGAUGAAUGAAUUGGCACCGAAUACCCAGCGGGUAAUGGAUUGUCCGAUUGCAUUCGUCUCCCAACGUCCCUGGCUCCUCAAUGUUUCCAUCAAGGACAACAUCUUGUUUGGACAUCGGCUGAACCAGAAGCGAUAUGAUCACGUCAUCCAGGCGACUGCUUUGGAGCCGGAUCUGCAGGUGAUGCCAGACGGAGAUUUGACGGACGUUGGCGACGCUGGCGACACUUUGUCCGGGGGCCAACGGCAAAGAAUAGCCCUCGCACGUGCUUUGUAUUCCACUGCCCCGAUUCUCUUGCUGGACAAUCCCUUGUCGUCUCUGGAUCCCCAAGUGGCUCUCAAGGUGUUCAACAGGGCACUGGUCAGCUAUUUGGCCAAGCAAAAGCGAACGACUGUCAUGGUCACGCAUCGUCUGCAGUUUCUGCCCAGUGCGGAUUACAUCAUCGCUCUGGAAAAGGGCCGUGUCGUGGCUGAAGGUACUUACCAGCACAUAUCCGAACAGAAACCCGCCUUGUUCAGUGAGUGGAAACGGCGAAUUCUGAUGGAGGAAGAGGAAGUGCGGAAACGGGAGCAGGAAGCUAAUUUGGCGCGAGAAAGAUGGCGGCUGUUGCGAGUGGCCACGAAAUUCGGCAUGAGGCGUUCCGUCAGGUCUCGUCAUUCAUCCUUGAAUAAAUCCCCUGGUCUGGGACAGAGUUCCGGAAGUGCAGUUCCGUCUAGUUUCUGGUUGGAAAAUGCGGAGAGCACCACAGUGGCGAAUCCGUUCGCGUCCAGCAGCCACAAGCUUUAUUUGAGCCGACAGGUGUCGCACGACUGCGUGUUGCCCAGUGACGAAUACGAAGCUGACAUGUCCUUGCAUUACAUGCGGCCCAAGGGGACUUUUUAUACGCCUCAAGCUCUGCUGAAUCAACAUCACAAAUUGCGAGCCAUGGCCAGCAUUACAAGUGCUUAUGGACCAGUCGUGCCCACAGGAUCGCAAGCAGCUCUGCGUUCAAUCCGCCAAUACACCGCCAAUAUGAGCAGCACGGGCGGAGGCAGCAUGCGACGUCAUCCCCACAAUUCCUCCCUCAAAACCAAGCAACCCGCGUUGUGCAAAACCCUGUCCACUCCGAUUUCGCCUCUGGCUGCCGAACUCGGCACUGUGCAACACCUGGUCGUCACUGCCGGCGAGAGAACCCGGCUGCGGCCCUUCAGUGGCCCGGCCAGUGUGCAUCACGCACCUGCUGCUGCCGACUACACUGUGAUGGAUCCUUCGUCUCGGAAGGGUUCGGGUGUCUAUGAGCCUUUGAAGAAUAUAUCUGCUACCACUGCACCAGCGACACCUGUGCUCACCUCUGUAACACCAUGGUCUGCUGUUAAUUCAGAUCCAACAGGAUACGGAAAGAUCCCUUUCGGAAAGCGGGAUUCCAACAUGUCUUGGCACAGUGACAUCACGGGGAUCACUUUGGAUCCAUCCGAGUAUCCAACAGGAUACGGAAAGAUCCCUUUCGGAAAGCGGGAUUCCAACAUGUCUUGGCACAGUGACAUCACGGGGAUCACUUUGGAUCCAUCCGAGUUAUGUGCUGAUGAAGAGGAGCUCGAAGGACUACUCUCAGAAGAAGAGAGAAAACGUGGCCGUGUGUCUGUGUCCCUAUACUCCAAGUACUUGCAGGCUUGUGGACUCUGGAUAGGCUUCUUGUACAUCGUCACAGCAUGUGCUGCUCAGGCUGCCAAAGUUGCCACUGACAUCUGGUUAUCUGCCUGGGCAAACAAAGAAGACAAGAAACACAUAUGUGCUGAUGAAGAGGAGCUCGAAGGAUUACUCUCAGAAGAAGAGAGAAAACGUGGCCGUGUGUCUGUGUCCCUGUACUCCAAGUACUUGCAGGCUUGUGGACUCUGGAUAGGCUUCUUGUACAUCGUCACAGCAUGUGCUGCUCAGGCUGCCAAAGUUGCCACUGACAUCUGGUUAUCUGCCUGGGCAAACAAAGAAGACAAGAAACACAGUCUUGGCGGACAGGACACGGAUUAUCAUUUGAGAAUGUACGCCAUGUUGAGCUUGGUCUCCUUGAUCACUGUACUGUUCACUCAUCUGAGUGGACAGUUUGCUGCUCGUCAUGCAAGACAUUCACUGCAUGCUGAGUUGCUGAGUGCUGUCCUAUCUGCCCCAUUGUCAUUCUUUGACAGAAUGCCAGUUGGCAGGAUUCUCAACAGAUUUGCUACUGACACUGGUAUCAUUGACAAGGAAUUGGCGCCUGGGAUUCAAAGACUUUUCUACUUCGUCUUGUUGUGCCUUUCGUCCAUUGUGGUGAAUGCUGUUGUGGUGCCCUGGUUUCUUCUGGUUGGAGUCGUGAUCUUGGUCGUUUACUAUUUCUUGCAACACUUUUUCCGGGCUUCCUCGAGGGAACUUCAGAGACUCGAGUCGCAGACUCGGUCGCCGAUUUACACGUUGUUCUCGGAAACGCUGACGGGUUUGACGACCAUCAGGGCUUACAAACAAGAGUCCAGGUUCAUGUCGAUGGCUUUGGAACGCCUGGACCUGAACAAUGCGGCCUUUUUGAUCAAGGAGUCUGCUCAUCGAUGGCUGGGCGUUGCACUCGAUUGCUUGGGAGCCUGCAUAGUCCUGGUCUCGUGUCUGGCCUCGAUGCUCGCAUGGCAAAAGAACCCCACUGCGGAGGGUGCGACUGCUUGGGUGGGCCUCGCCAUCAACUACACCCUCCUGGUGCCCGUGUACUUGGCCUGGGUCCUCAAGUACGCUGCCGAAGUGGGGAUUUGCGGUCGCACAGGAAGUGGGAAAUCGACGCUGCUGUUGAGCUUGCUUAGAAUGAUGGAAUCCGUGGAUGGAAGGAUUUUCAUCGAUGGACGGGAUAUUGCUCAUGAGCCAGUUGAAGAGCUCAGGGCGAAAAUUGCUACGAUUCCGCAAGAUGCUGUGCUUUUUUCUGGAACAGUGAGGUCGAAUCUGGACCCGUCUGAGAAAAUGAGCGAUGAGAAGAUUUGGGAGGCUCUUGAGAGUGUCAAGGUGGACGACAUUGUGAAAUCCAGACCAAGAGCUUUGGAUGCUGAAGUUGGUCCUUCAGGGUCUUGUUUUAGUGCUGGUGAGGUGCAGUUGUUGUGCCUUGGAAGGGCUGCUUGCAGACAAGGAGCCAGUAUUCUGUUGAUGGACGAGGCUUCUUCAGACUUGCAUCCUGUGGCAUAUGACAGGGUCCAGUCAGCCCUGACUACAUGGUUCAAGUCAUACACUGUGCUUUCAGUUGCUCAUGAUUUUGAUACUCUGAAGAAAUUCGACCGGAUAAUUGUGAUGGAGAACGGGGAGAUCGUGGAGCAAGGCACCCCCGGGAGUCUGGAGAUGAAAGUUGGCGGACAUUUCGCAGGAAUGUCGUGUGCCUUUGCUGCAGGCGCCAAAUUGUGAACGCCAACAACUUAUACGCAGAUAUUUUUUUUUUGGCAGCAUCAACGAAGACGUCCAUCAGCAGGGAUCCCUUUUUUUAAGAAAAGGAAGCAAUGAAGUUUUAUUGUGAUAUCAUUGCAUGGUUGGGUAGAAUAAUCGUGAUCAGUGACCGAGACCAAGUGCCAUCAACAGGUUCGAUAUACUGGGUUUUUUAUCUCAGCUACUCCAGUGUGAUAAAUUGCUGCUGUGUGUGUCAUAUGCUGAUGAUGAUGGCUUCCAUCGGAGAAGUUGGGGGAUUUUUGUUUUCUAGAUCCUUGAUAAUGCGAAAAUGUUUGACGUUAAUGUUUUCCACAUAGAUGUCGCCUCUGUUCGAUUGCGUUUUAGUGUGAAUCUGUUAUUUGGAGAACAAACUUUUUGUUUCGCGAUCCGGCGAUGAUACGUACACUAAGUUCAGCGAUGAUGAUGAUGAUACGUAUACUCACAUUCAGUUAUUAAAUAUUCCCGAGGUGAUUUUGGCACGCAUUUUAUAUUCUGUUGAUGUGGCUCAUUUACAAUGUGCUCUUUACGGUUGUUCGUACAUAGGAAUAAAAAAAGAAAAACAACUUGAAAA